AUGGGCAUCACUUGGGAUAAAAAGGCAAUCGAGCGGAUUAUCGGCGCAUUGUUGGUAGCUCAUCCAGGUUUUACUCCUGACUACAAAACCAUGGCUGUUUACUUUGGCCAAGGCGCCACUUAUGAUUCCAUGCAAGGUCGCUUUCGUGAAUAUCGCAGAAUUGCCGAAAGCAUGCGCCAGGAAAAUCCAGGCUCCAAAACACCCCUUCGCCGCACCCCUGGCAGUGGCCGUGUGAGCAAGUCGACUUCCAGUGCCAAGCAUAAUCAAAUGCAGACCCCAAUAACACCCUCCAAAUCUGGCAAAGGGAAACGCGGAUAUGGCAUUUCUGAUGCAAUCUUGAUUGAAGAAGAAUCUGAUUGUUUCAUCAAAACUGACAAUGGUCUUUCCCUUUUUGAAAAAGCCGCGGCAAACAGUACAGCAAACCUGGGGAUGAAGAGUGAAAACCGCUUCACUGAUACCAAUAGCCCCAGAGACGACUACAGCACUGCUAAUGAGUUUUUUUCGGGAUUGGAGAAUGCAGAGGCCCACACAGCAGACGGAUUCCAAGUUGAGGCGUUUUAUAACAAAGAUGUUGGGGGAUAUGUUGAGUGUGAUGAUGCUGUCUAA